ACAACUCCAAGUUUGAUUUAGUUCUUAAUCACUGGUUUUAAGGCUCAAUCAAUCACUAAUUCUUAUUUCAAGUUCACUCUCACGUAAUAAUCUCAAUGCUUGCAUGAUUCUCAGGAUCAUCCAGUGGUUCUCAAUACAUCAUCCUCCCCAAAACAAUGGUUCUCUGAUUUUGACCCGGCACACACAGACACUCGUAAUUAAAUUUAAAUCAAUGCCUUCUUUUCUGGGUGAGGUAUCUAGUUGUAUCCGUCUCUGUCAAUAAUUGAAUUUCCUGCAACAAAAAUAAGUGCUUCUUCCUUCUGGCGUGCUUUGGUCAUAGUCAUAUCCUUUAAUUCCCUCAUCUGCCCGCUAACUCCUCCCCCAUUUUCUUCCACAGGUAACUCUCUUUCUCACAGACAUAAAUACAAACACUUCACAGGCAUCCACACAGACAGCCAUGGCGGAUAAGCCUUCACAAACCCCAACAUCCAACGACGACCCCUUCAAGCUCCUCAACAUCGUCAAAAACCCAGAUGGCUCCCUCACCCGCCACCCCCCAUUCCCCAUGGUCCCCCCAUCUCCGACUCCAACUGAUUCCAUUUCCUCCACCGCCGCAGCCACCGAGUCAAACUCACCCCAACUCGUUCUCUCCAAGGACAUCCAAAUAAACCCAACAACUAAAAACUCCGUAAGGCUCUUCAAGCCCCACCCUCUUCCCCCAAACUCUAAGCUCCCUCUCAUCUUCUACUUCCAUGGCGGCGGCUUCAUCCUCUUCUCCGUGGCUUUACAACCUUUCCACGACUCCUCCUCUCGCAUGGCGCUCUCUCUCCCGGCCCUCGUCGUCUCCGUCGAGUACCGCCUGGCUCCCGAGCACCCUCUCCCCUCCGCCUACGACGACGCCGUUGAGGCCGUCGACUGGGCCCGCAGCCAGGCCUCCAACAUCAACGGCUGCGAUCCCUGGUUGAAGGACACCGUUGAUUUCUCCAAGUGCUUCCUAAUGGGCAGCAGCGCUGGGGCUAAUAUCGUCUACCACGCGGGUCUACGCAUCGCGGGCGUUGAUCUCUCUCCAGUGAAGAUCCGAGGGCUGAUAUUCAACCAGCCUUAUUUCGGUGGGGUCGAGAGGACUCAGUCCGAGUUAAGGCUGAUCAACGAUCGGAUUUUACCGUUGGUUUCUAAUGAUUUGAUGUGGGCCCUGUCAUUGCCGAAGGGAGCUGAUCGGAAUCAUGAAUAUAGCAAUCCGACGGUAGGGGGCGGUGAUGAGAGGAUCGGACGGUUACCAAAGUGUGUAGUGAGAGGGUUCGGUGGGGACCCACUGGUGGAUAGGCAGAAGGAGUUUGUGAAGUUGUUGGAGUCACGUGGGGCGCAUGUGGUGGGCAAGUUUGAGGAGGAUGGUUUUCAUGGCGUGGAGCUCUUUGAUCCCAGCAAGGCUAAGGCUCUGUACGACAUCAUUAAGGAUUUUAUCCAGUCUUGCGGUGCAAACGACAGUAAAGCUGUUGGCGUUUCGAAAUCGGCUAUCUGAAAGAAGCUGAGUUGGAUUUUACAUUUUAUUAUAAAUAUUUGUAUGAAUUAAUUGGGUGUAAUUUAUUCCCUUUUGUCUUGUUCUGAUACUGUGAAUUAUAUGAGCACUAAUUUUUAUGUCAUAG